AUCAUCAUAACCAUAAUCAUAAUAAUAAUCAUAUGUAUAUUAUUUACAUAAAUUUAACCGCGUUUAACGACAUCGAUUCUCAAACGUGUAAAGUUGUCGUUUUACGAUUUAUAUAGUAUGAUAGCCGAUAGAGUACUUACAUGUUAUAAUUAUUUCUCAAUACUAUUAUAGGUAUCGUUCGUUUAACGGUUAAUUCGAAGUUUAAGCGACAUUCGAAGUUUGAACGCAUCGAACGUAUGAUAUUAGACGACGACGACGGCGCCGCCGCACACGUCGAAAAGAGUCAGACGCGUCUCAUUUUCCCACACUCUCCGUCGAUCGCUCGCUCUCGGACGCCCGGACGUCUUGUCGUCUCUCCCGCACGCGUCUUGCUCUACUUGCCCUGUCACUGUCUCUUUUUUCAUUCUCUUUUUCUUCGUUUCUUCGUUUCGUUUUUUUAAUUUUGCAUUUUGCGUCAACCGAAAAUGUGUUUGCUGACAGUUGACCGUGUAGUUCGCCGUGCCCGUACGUGUGCGUUUGGAAAAUGCCACUGAGUUUGGACGGUUCUCGACGGACUGCAAGUAGCGAGUCAACUAUCAUAAUUCAUAAAAUUAUUACUGUUUGUCAGCUGUUUUGGAUAAACCUAACAGUAUACUUUUACGUGAAUUUAUUGUUUCCGUUUAUUUUAUUUGUUUAUUGAAAACAAAAAAAAAACUAGYCAAGAAAUCUAAAAAAGAAUUAUAAUUAUCAAUAUGAUGCAAAACGGAAUGGAUUCACUACCACUUAAUGGUUCAAUACAUACCUCAAGUACAAAUUCCCAUGCAUCACAAGGAAAUUCUUUGAAUGAAGAAAGUAAAACAAACCUUAUUGUUAAUUACUUACCUCAAACAAUGACUCAAGAAGAAAUUAGAUCACUAUUUUCUUCAAUUGGGGAAGUUGAAAGCUGUAAACUUAUAAGAGAUAAAGUCACAGGAUCUCUUCCAUCAGGUCAAAGCUUGGGUUAUGGUUUUGUUAACUAUCAUCGGCCAGAAGAUGCAGAAAAAGCAAUUAAUACUUUAAAUGGACUAAGAUUACAAAAUAAAACAAUUAAGGUGUCAUUUGCWAGACCUAGUAGUGAAGCAAUUAAAGGAGCUAAUUUAUAUGUCAGUGGUCUUCCAAAACAUAUGACUCAACAAGACCUUGAAAAUUUAUUUAGUCCUUAUGGUCGGAUAAUAACAUCAAGAAUUUUAUGUGAUAAUAUGACUGAUAUGUUCACAGUGCGACAAUUUGUGGGAAAUACUGGAGGAGAUCAUUCGCCGUCAAUUUCAAAAGGUGUUGGUUUUAUAAGAUUUGAUCAGAGAAUUGAAGCCGAACGAGCAAUUCAAGAAUUAAAUGGAACUGUUCCCAAAGGUUCAACAGAAUCAAUUACUGUGAAGUUUGCCAACAAUCCUAGUAGCAAUAAAGCAGUACCUGCAUUAGCAGCUUAUUUAACUCCUCAAGGAGCUCGAAGGUUUGCUGCUGGCCCUAUUCAUCACCCUACUGGGCGCUUCAGGUAUAUUCCACUCUCCCCUUUAUCCAGCACUGGAAAGACUAUGCUAGCCAUAAACAAAGGCUUACAGAGAUACUCGCCUUUAGCUGGUGAUUUGUUAGCAAACUCAAUGUUACCUGGUAAUUCAAUGAAUGGAUCUGGCUGGUGCAUAUUUGUAUAUAACUUGGCGCCAGAAACAGAGGAAAAUGUAUUAUGGCAACUCUUUGGUCCAUUUGGUGCUGUACAAAGUGUUAAAGUUAUUAGAGAUUUGCAAACGAACAAAUGUAAAGGAUUUGGAUUUGUCACCAUGACUAAUUAUGAUGAAGCAGUUGUUGCCAUUCAAUCACUUAAUGGAUAUACGUUAGGCAACCGUGUACUUCAAGUAUCGUUCAAAACCAAUAAAGGCAAAGGAGAUGCAUCCAGUUUGUUAAUGUCUCUUGCUGAUUCAUUAACUGACUGUUAAUAAUUUCAUCAAUCUUCUUCGAAUAUUUUCAAAUGUUUACAUAAUUCAUUCUCCCUUCUAAAACAUCUUUAACUGAAUUGCAAAUUCGCUGAUAUUUAUCAUGUCUAAAGAAGGUAAAUUAUGUUUAUUUAUUAAUUAUAUUUUUAAUUAGAUACAUUUAAAUUAAAUCGCGUGCACCAUAAUAAC